GUUAAUGUCAUAGGCGACGAAUUUUGAAACAUGGCUAGGUCGCGCACCACAGUGGUGCUCCUCUUUGUCCUCUUUGCCUGCGCCUCGUUGGCGCUCGCGGCAAAGGCCAAGAAGGCGAAGGAUGUCAAGGAGCUUCAGAUUGGCGUGAAGUUCAAGCCGGAGAACUGCGAGAAGACCGCGAAGCAGGGGGACACUGUGCACGUGCAUUACACGGGCAAGCUGACUGACGGCUCCAAGUUCGACUCCUCGCUGGACCGCAACCAGCCCUUCACCUUCACUCUGGGCCGCGGCUCCGUCAUCAAGGGCUGGGACCAGGGCCUGCUCGGCAUGUGCGUUGGCGAGAAGCGCAAGCUAAAGAUUCCCUCCCACAUGGGCUACGGCGACAGCGGCUCGCCCCCCAAGAUCCCCGGCGGCGCCACCCUCAUUUUUGACGUGGAGUUGAUCAAGAUCCAGAGCGAGUAACAUGUUUGGAGCUAAGGCCGUGUCCAGGGCGGCGGAUCAGCGGCGCCUAUGGGUCUGAGGACCGCCGAACGGCUGGCUGGCUGGCGGACGGUGGUGAUACACCUGGCCUGGCCUGGCCUGGCAUAGCAGACGGGUAGGAUGCCCGCUGCUCACCUAGGGUGCUGCUGGCGGUGGUGGCGGGCCGGUGUGUGACUGCAUGCGGGUGGCGGUGCGAGCCUGUGGCGAGUGGGCGGCUCUAAAUCCUCGAGGCAUCGUGUGUGGUGGGUGUGAUCAGCUGGGCGGGCCUGCCCCUCGCUCUGCUGGGGCUGAGCCUUCGUGGCAUGCAUGACAGCAGGCAUGGGUGCACAGAGCGGGGGAAGGGGCCGACCGUACCGGCCGUCUCAUGGUGGUGAAGCGCUGCGGUCAGCGGCAGCAGGGCCGAGUUUCACCAGCCCCUUGCGUUGCGCAUGUAACGCCCGGCUAUGAUACCUACGUAACGGAGCAACAUGCGGGCGACAUGAAUGCGUGUAUCGCAACGCCUCUUGUUAACAGUUUCGGCGAGCGCUGGAAGUGGAGGUAGAACGGUGCUGCAACUUCAGGGUUGUGGCGCCGAUCGUGGCAGCCAGCAGUACAGUGCAGCCCGUGGGAGCAAGGGCGUGUAAAGGACAUGGAGCCGGUGAGGUGGAGUCCAGGGAGCUAGCGGGGGGCCGGGGGCACGAAUUCGUGCGGGUCUCUUGCUUGUCAGCACGACCGCAUGCAGCGUGGGGCGAUGAGGGAGGAGUCUGACUACGACAAGCUCGUCUCAACUCGGGGCACGCUCUAUGAAACUAUGACCGCCCUGGCGGCCGGCAUUAUCAAUCCAAGUGUGGCGCAUAUGCGGCCUGCCGGACUCGGACGAGAAGACCGGGGGGCACGAGAGGAUUGGAGCCGGAAAUGGUCAGGGGUCGAGGCAGUAUAUCGCCCUCCGCUCAUCGAGCAGCAUGUCAAUUGUUGUAUUCCCCACAUUCCAGAAGGCAUAGUUUACGCUGUGCGAACUGAGCACGGGUGAAGGUACGGCCGGUCGGAACCCGGUUAUCGUGCGGACCGGACGCGCCUUUGACUGUGGGCCAAUGGUUACAACAGUUGAACACAAUACACUGUUUGCAAUGCUGCUGGAGCUGCAGUCGGAUUGGUACGUGACCGUCCACGCUAUUCAUG